CCAUGAAACACUACCACCACCUCUGCCUCCACUUAAAUCACAAAAAAAAACAGUAGUAGUUGUUAGUCCCCUCAUAAUCCCUUAAAUCAAAAUGGAAGGCCCAACAUGGGUUUCCUAUGCCGCGGCAUGGCUCGCCACCAUCGCCCUUAUCCUCCUCUCCCGCCGCCUCCGCCGCCGCAAACUCAACCUACCACCCGGCCCAAAACCUUGGCCCAUUAUCGGGAACCUCAACCUGAUAGGCCCGCUCCCACAUCGGUCGAUAUAUGACCUCUCCCAGAAGUAUGGCCCCAUCAUGCAGCUUUGGUUCGGGUCAUUCCCCGUUGUGGUCGGCUCCUCCGUCGAGAUGGCCAAGAUCUUCCUCAAGACACAUGACCUGACCUUCGUUGGACGGCCCAAAAUCGCCGCCGGAAAAUACACCACCUACAACUACUCGAACAUCACGUGGUCCCCCUACGGCCCAUAUUGGAGGCAGGCCCGCAAAAUGUGCCUGAUGGAGCUGUUCAGCGCCCGAAGGCUGGACUCGUACGAGUACAUAAGGAGGGAGGAAAUGAGAGCCUUGCUAAAAGCCCUUUUCGAGUUUUCCAAAACCGAAAAGCUCGUCUUGCUCAAAGACCAACUCUCGACGGUGUCUCUCAACGUGAUCAGCCGAAUGGUGUUGGGAAAGAACUACACGGACGGGUCGGAUCCAAACGCCGUCGUUUCGCCCGACGAGUUCAAGAAAAUGCUUGACGAGCUCUUCUUGCUUAGUGGGGUUUUGAACAUCGGAGAUUCUAUUCCGUGGCUCGAUUUCUUGGACUUGCAAGGCUACAUAAAGAGAAUGAAGGCUUUGAGCAAGAAGUGGGACAGGUUUUUAGAGCAUGUUUUGGACGAACAUAACGAGAGGAGAAAGGGAGUGAAGGAUUAUGUGCCCCAUGCCCAAGACAUGGUCGAUGUGCUUUUGCAACUUGCCGAUGAUCCAACUCUUGAAGUUAAGCUUGAAAGACACGGCGUCAAGGCUUUUACCCAGGACUUAAUAGCUGGUGGAACUGAGAGCUCAGCGGUGACCGUGGAAUGGGCAAUCUCAGAGCUUCUAAAGAAGCCAGAGAUAUUCAAAAAGGCAACAGAAGAACUAGACAGAGUGAUAGGAAGAGAGAGAUGGGUCGAAGAGAAGGACAUUGUGAACUUGCCGUACAUUGACGCAAUUGCUAAAGAGACAAUGAGAUUGCACCCGGUGGCCCCCAUGUUGGUGCCAAGAUUUUGCCUCGACGACAUCAAGAUUAACGGAUACGACAUUCCGAAGGACACUAGAGUACUAGUGAGCGUUUGGGCUAUAGGGAGGGACCCUAGCUUGUGGGACAACCCUAACGAGUUUGUCCCCGAGAGGUUCAUUGGGAAGGACGUAGAUGUCAAGGGCCAGAACUUUGAACUCUUGCCAUUCGGGUCGGGUCGGCGGAUGUGUCCCGGGUAUAGUCUUGGCUUGAAGGUAAUUCAGUCCAGUUUGGCCAAUCUACUGCAUGGAUUCACGUGGAAUUUGCCUCCAAAUAUGAAGAGAGAGGACUUGGACAUGAACGAGAUUUUCGGGCUUUCGACACCGAAGAAAAUUCCCCUUGUUGCAGUUGCUGAGCCUAGGCUUCCACCCCAUCUCUAUGCCCUGUGAUCAUGAUGACAUGAUUAUGCCGGCCAUGGUUUUCAAAAGUACUUCACGUAUUAAAAAAAUAUGUAAUUUCAGUGUUUGGCUUCCGGUCGUGAUAAUCACAAGUGAGCUGAAAUGUAUGCAUCUUGAGAUUUGCAUUUAUGUAUAGCUAGCUUUUAUUUUGUGCUAGUAGUGAUCUAAAGUCCAAACUGUACUUGCUCUAGCUUGUGUACUUACCUUUUAAAUAAGAACAACCAUCCUUCCUUCUCAUGAUGUCAAAUUGGUUGUUGAACAUGAUACCAUUUUAGUUGGUUUGGCAGUAGCUUUUUGUACAAUUUUGGAUAUAUGGAGGAAAAUUUUUAA